AUGGCAGCGUGGUUGGACGGACGGAAAGUUUGCGUCGCUCUUCCUCUCGCAGGGCUGCUGUCUUUUUGCCUUUACAGUAUGAUGUUAACUGAGCCAAAAAGGCGGAUUAAACAGAUACACUACGCCGCCCAAGAUGACGAGAAUUUGUUUGACUUGGACAAUGAUGUAAACAAUUCCUUCAACGAAUUUAAGCCACCUACUCACUUACGGUACUCCUCUGCUGGAAAAAAUGCAACAGAAAGUAGCAUGAGUGACAAACUUGAACGAAGGCCUCGAAAGCGUCUCCCAAAUGCAAUUAUUAUUGGUGUCAGGAAAGGAGGGACUAGAGCACUUUUGGAAUUUUUAAAACUGCACCCUAAGAUUAAAGCGUGUUCAACAGAGGCUCACUUUUUUGACGUUGAGGAGAAUUAUCAGUUCGGGCUUGACUGGUAUAGGCAAAAAAUGCCUAAAUCUUUGCCAGGGGAUAUAACCAUCGAGAAAACGCCAGCUUAUUUUGUGACUGAUAAAGUGCCUGAGCGAGUGCGGCAAAUGUCAACGAAUGUCAAGCUUAUUGUCACCCUUCGCGACCCAACAGAAAGGGCGAUUUCAGAUUAUGUCCAAAUUUCUACGAAGAAGCGUAAAAGGUCACAGUCGUUUGAGGAAUUCAUUACUCAGGGUAAAGAGCAAAAGAUUCUGAAAACGUCAACUAAGACAGUACAAAUUGGAGUGUACGUAAAACAUUUGAGAAACUGGUUGAAGUAUUUUCCUCUGUCGCAACUACAUUUUGUUAGCAUGGAGGAGAUGAAAGUCAAUCCGGCCAAGGAACUGCAAGCAGUAGAAAAGUUUCUUGACAUCGAGCCUUUUAUCAAGAAGGAGCACUUUUAUAUCAACGAAAGCAAACAUUUUCCAUGUGUUACUUUGCCUGACAAGAAGAAAAGCGAAAAGGCGGGGUGUUUGUCGGAGACGAAAGGAAGACCACACCCUACUGUGAGAAAUGAUAUCCGCACUCUUUUGCAAAACUAUUAUCGGCCUUAUAACUUGGAACUAUAUAAGGAAGCGCAAAGAGAUUUUCACUGGCCAUAG